AUGUUUAACUCUGCUAGACUGGCGCUUCGCCGCGUCGCGGGCUCCAGAGCGCUGUCGACCACCACUGUGAGAUGCCAACAGGCGGGUUUAAAGCCAAAACCAUCGCUUUUGAGAAAAACCGGUGUUUACACGUUGCAAGCCGCUCUCGCGGCUACUUUUAUCGGAACUGGUUACGUCUCUUACAAACUCUACAGGGAGUCCAACCCCGCUCCACAGAAGCCUCAGGCCGAGACCUUUUCCAACGGAUCGCCAAGAAAGACUCUAGUCAUCUUGGGAUCUGGCUGGGGUUCGAUCUCGCUGUUGAAGAACCUGGACACCACCCUCUACAACGUCGUCAUUGUUUCGCCAAGAAACUACUUUUUGUUCACUCCCUUGCUGCCAUCUACCCCCGUCGGAACUAUCGAACUUAAGUCCAUUGUUGAACCUGUUAGAAGCAUCGCCAGAAGAGCUCCAGGUGAAGUCACUUACUACGAAGCCGAAGCUCAAGACAUCGACCCAGUGAAAAAGAUCGUCCAGAUCAAGUCCGUGAGCAAGGAUGAAGGUGGCUUGACCAAGGAACUCAAAUAUGACUAUUUGGUUGUUGGUGUCGGUGCUCAACCUACCACGUUUGGUAUCCCUGGUGUCUACGAAAACGCUUCUUUCUUGAAGGAGAUUCCUGACGCGCAAGAGAUCAGAGUCAAAGUCAUGAACAACAUCGAAAAGGCUACUACAUUGUCCCCUGAAGACCCAGAGAGAAUGAGACUCUUGAACUUUGUUGUCGUAGGCGGUGGUCCAACCGGUGUUGAAUUCGCCGCCGAGUUGCAGGACUACAUCGACCAAGAUUUGGCUAAAUGGAUGCCAGAAAUCUCCAAGGAACUCAAAGUCACUUUGGUUGAAGCGCUGCCAAACAUUUUGAACAUGUUCGACAAAUCUUUGAUUGAGUACGCCCAGGACCUUUUCAAAAAGGAAAAGAUUGAUUUGAAAUUGAAUACCAUGGUUAAGAACGUCACCGGCACUACUAUCACCGCCAAGACCGGCGACGCCACUGAGGAUAUUCCCUACGGCGUCCUUGUGUGGGCUACCGGUAACGCCCCAAGAGACGUCACCAAGGGCCUAAUGGGGAAGAUGGAGCAACAAAACUCGAGACGUGGUCUUCUCAUCAACGACAAGCUGGAGCUUUUGGGUGCUGAGGACUCCGUCUGGGCCAUCGGUGACUGUACUUUCUACCCUGGUCUAUUCCCAACCGCUCAAGUCGCUCACCAAGAAGGUGAAUAUCUGGCCCGCGUGCUGAAGAAGCAGUAUAAGAUCGAUCAACACAACUGGACCCUGGUGCAAAACUCGAACGCCGCUGAAACCGCUAAAGUGCAAUCCAGAAUUGAGAAAUUGAACGACCAAAUCCAACCAUUCAAGUACAAUCACCAGGGUGCCUUGGCCUACAUCGGUUCCGAAAAGGCCAUCGCGGACGUUGCUAUCGGCGAGUCCAAAUACCGUUUGAAGGGUUCCUGGACUUUCUUGUUCUGGAAGUCUGCGUACUUGUCCAUGUGCCUGUCCUUCAGAAACAGAAUCUUGGUCGCUCUUGACUGGUGGAAGGUCUCUUUUUUCGGCAGAGACUCUUCCGUGUAA